GUAAUCACCUACAAACUGAUCACGCCAUCUGUUGUUUCUGAACGUCUGAAGGUUCGAGCGUCAUUAGCCAAAGCAGGUCUUCGGGAACUUCAAGCCAAGGGGCUUGUGAAGUGCAUCGUUCACCAUGGAGGCCAAGUCGUUUACACUCGGGCCACCAAAGAGGCUGACUCGGGUCUUUUUGAGAUGUUCGUAUUCCGCGUUCUCAAUGCGGUACCAUACAGUAACGAAGCAGGUGCUAAGGAUGUCAUUGCGAGCUUACAUUCCUUCUUGACUUGUAAUCUGUUAGUCGGUCUCGCAGUGUUAGUAUCAUGGAAGCAGUUCGGUGGUAAACCGAUUGAGUGUAUGGUGCCGACGGACUUUACAAGUGCAUGGGUUCAGUAUGCAGAGAAUUACUGUUGGUCCCACGACACAUACUUUCUUCCUUUCUCUAAGCCUGCAGCUCGUAUUUCCGAUAGUUCUGACCGUAGCGAGGCUCAGAUCUCGUACUACCAAUGGAUGCCGUUUUUCCUUCUCUUCGAAGCUGCUUGCUUUCGAUUGCCAUGGAUGAGAGUGGGAGAGAUAUUGCGAUUGGUAACAGAUGAACAUAAUACCGUUCCUGAGAUUAGAAACGAGAACAUUGAGGCGCUUCGAAUACACCUACAAGGAGCUCUGCGAUUUCAGAAAAGGCUCAAAUUGAAAAAUCUCUCACCACACAAAAUUCUACGCUGCCUCAACGUAAAAUAUUCUACAUAUUAUGUCACAUUGAUUUAUUUCAUAGCAAAGUUGGCGUUUCUCCUUAACGUGGGCCUACAAACAAAGCUGCUGAAUGAGUACCUCUUGCCUCAUGCCAAUUCGAGUCAGUUUGGUUUCGAUGUAUGGCAGACUCUGUGGAGUGGAAAUAGUUCAUGGAAAGAAAAUGGUUUAUUUCCACGAGUGACUCUUUGCGAUUUCGAGGUUCGAGAAAUGGGAAAUAUUCAAACGCAUACCGUACAAUGCGUGCUUUUAAUUAAUAUUUUCACUGAGAAGAUCUUCAUUCUUCUAUGGGCAUGGUAUGUGUUUCUCGGGACGCUAACAGCUCUCAAUAUGUUCAGUUGGAUGUUUGCGAUGUUCAGUGAGACAUCGAAAGAACAUUUCAUUAUUAAUCACCUUGAAAUGUGUGAAGCCCAAUUUGACAGAAAAAGCGCCGAUAAUCGGGAACACGUCGUUUGCUUUAUUGACAAGUACUUGGGCCUCGAUGGAGUGUUUCUUCUCCGAUUAAUAGCUCAGCAUGCUGAUGUUGUCUUCAUUACCGAACUCAUUGGAGCACUCUGGAGAAGUCAUUACGAAAUUGAGGAGCAGAGGAAGGCCUUGAAGAAAAUGAACCGCGUUCUUCCGUUGUUGCGUUCCGGUGAGGAAGAAGGACAUGUCAGUCCUGAUAUGCCAAGCUCUAGAAAGCAGUCUAUCAUGGGAGACAGAAAGGUUUGCAAUAUACUAUAA